UUGUUUAUUUUUGUUGUUAAAUCUUUCUCUAUCAAGGACGUCAUGCACAAAGCUGCGCUUCUUGUACGUGCUGCUACCGAUCUUCCAAGACGUGGUAAUGAGUUCGAACUAUGUAAUUCAUUUAGCGCUUUCACCGCUUUCAUGGAGCAGCAGGAAACCAGAAUACGUCUGAUGCUCACAAGUCUUAUGCGCAAUACCGGUUGUCCAACAAGAAUGCCUAAACUGAACUGUGAGGUAGAGGAGUACCUGGAACGCAUUGUCAUGGUCGACGAUCAUGUGGUGGAGAGAGCGGGCAUCGUUAUGGACGAAUUAGAUCGUGGCGGCCGUGAUGAUGUGGAAGUGCCGAAGACCAUAAUUGGAGCAGAAUCUACUAAACGAAAAAAAGCUGAAGCCGAGGCAAGGUUUCAAGAGCGGAUACACGCUUCCGAUCCUGGCUCUGUUCUCGCGGAACAGUUACGAUUGGCUUACGAAGAGCUCAAAGCCGCGAAAGUAGCGAACGUGAAGGUGAAACCUCAAAAAGAAUAUGGAUUUGAGUCAUCCAUCGAUAAUUCAACCAAUCCGUUCGUUCCCAAGUUAAAAACCAAGCAUCAUGCCUUACCGAGAAAGGAAACCUCUGGAAUGAUCAUUAUCGAUGAGCACUCUGCCAAUAUCGAAAACCACAGUGAUCCGUCAUUGAAUUACGAGGCAGAUGUUCCACAUCCGUAUCAGCUAGAAAUACAAAAUUUUGUGGUACCCAGCAGUCAGAUGGAAUCGAAAGAGCCCAUAGUAAACGACGCUCUUGCACAGGCAUCAUCAGACAUCCAAGAAACCUCUUUGACAAUGAUCAAAACAAAGGAAGAUCUGGAACGGUUGAGAGAUGUUUUGAACAGUUGUCGAGAGUUUGCUGUAGAUUUGGAGCAUCACGAUUUCCGCAGUUAUCUUGGAAUAACCUGCCUCAUCCAAAUUUCCACAAGAUCUGAAGACUACAUCAUCGAUCCGUUCCCCUUAUGGAACGAUUUGCACAUUCUCAACGAUCCCUUCACCAAUCCAGAAAUUCUAAAGGUAUUCCAUGGAGGAGAGCACGAUAUCGAGUGGUUACAAAGAGAUUUUGGAAUUUAUGUGGUAAAUAUGUUUGAUACCGGAAGAGCAAUGCGACGGCUCGAAAUGCAGAAAUUCAAUUUGCGUUAUCUAGUUCAACAUUACUGUGAUGUAACGUUGAAUAAGAAGUAUCAGCUGGCCGAUUGGAGAGAACGUCCUUUGGAUAGUGAUAUGAUCCACUACGCUCGAAGUGAUACACACUACCUAUUGUACUGCUAUGAUCGCCUCAGAGAAGAGCUGAUAGAGAAAGGAGAUGCUAUGCAGAAUCUGUUACGGGUUGUCUACUCUGAAAGCGCAUUCAUUUGUUCAAGGGUAUAUCAAAAGCCCAGUUUCGAUCGAGACGGCUUCCGCGGUCUGGAGCGUCGUCUUCUUAAUAAUCGCCAAGAAGCUGCUAUGCGUGUUCUGUGGCAUUGGCGGGAUCGUGUUGCCCGGGAAGAGGAUGAAAGUGUGCAGUACGUACUUCCAAAUCACAUGCUGCUCACCAUUGCAGAGAGCUUACCUCGAGAGCUUCAAGGGAUUCUUCUUUGUUGCAAUCCAGUCCCUCCAUUGGUCAGAGAGUGCGUCCAUGAGCUGCACAAGUAUGUUUGCUAG